UGAACCUGUACGUGGGAACCUUUUAUUAAACCAAGCAUCACUUGUUUUUUCAAAGCAUUUUACUGUUUAUGUCAUGUGGCGCUGUGCUAUAUAUUUCCCAACUGGCUCUGCUUCUUCAGUGCAGUCGCUUUAUAUAAGCCUCUUUCUGUCACUGUUUCUUAAUUGUAUGUGUUGUGCCAAAAGUGCUCAAGCUUCUACCGGUUUCUCCAUGUUCCAUUUCUCAUCAUCGUCAUCAGAUUGCAAUUCUUCUUUUGACAACUUGUUGGCUUUAUUUGUGCAAGCGAUCCAUUGUGAACUCUCUUGGUGUCUCAACAAUGGUGGUUUCUUCUAUGGCCUCCCCUCUCUGCACCUGCAUGUUUCAGACUCCCAGGAGAAAGAUGAUGCCGAACUCAUCAAAAUGCAAAAACAGGGGUGGAUUCAAAAGCACGAUGAAUCACUUCGAGUCCUUUGAGGAAUUCUUUGGUACUGACAACAGAAGAUUCUGUAUCUUUGGCUCCUUGAGAACAAGGAGGCUCAUAAGUCGAGCUUCAAGCUCUGGGAUUUGUUUCUUUCACAUUCCAGAGGAAGUCAUGGCGAAGAAGAAGCCUCUAACAGAGCAAAGGCGGGUUGUCGUAACCGGUUUGGGAGUGGUAACCCCACUUGGUCAUGAUCCAGAUAUCUUGUACAAUAAUCUUCUAGAAGGUGUUAGUGGGAUAAGUGAGAUUGAAGGUUUUGAUUGUUCUCAAUUUCCCACGAGAAUUGCUGGAGAAGUCAAGUCUUUCUCUGCUGAUGAAUGGGUCUCACCGAAGAUUUCAAAGAGGGCAGACAAAUCCAUGAUUUACACACUCACUGCUGGUAAAAAAGCAUUUGCAGACGGAGGAAUUACAGAAGAAGUAAAUAGAGGAUUGGACAGAAGUAAAUGUGGAAUCAUAAUUGGAUCUGCCCUAGGAGGGCUGAAGAUAUGUACUGAAUCAGUUGCAGCAUUGAAUGUUUCUUACAAGAAGAUAACUCCAUUCUGUAUACCUUAUGUAACAACAAAUAUCGGUUCUGCCAUACUAGCAAUGGAUCUGGGAUGGAUGGGUCCAAACUAUUCAUCAUCUGCAGCUUGUGCCACGAGUAACUUCUGUAUACUAAAUUCAGCGUACCACAUUAGAAAGGGUGAAGCACACAUGAUGCUAUGUGGAGGAUCUGAUGCAGCAGUUAUUCCCUUAGGUAUUUCAAACAUUGGUUAUACUUCAGGAUUGGGAGGCUUUUCAGCAUGCAGAACACUAUCAAAAAGGAAUUAUGAGCCAACUAAAGCUUCAAGCCCCUGGGAUGCUAAUCGAGAUGGAUUUGUUAUCGGAGAAGGAGCUGGGGUGUUACUCUUAGAAGAGCUAGAACAUGCCAAGAGGAGAGGUGCAACUAUCUAUGCAGAGUUUCUUGGUGGAAGCUUCACUUGUGAUGCAUAUCAUGUAACUAAGCCUCAUCCUGAUGGGGCAGGGGUUGCUCUUUGUAUAGAGAAGGCAUUAGAGCAAUCUGGUGUAGCCAGAGAAGAUGUAAAUUACAUAAAUGCACAUGCUGCAUCAACACCAACAGGUGAUCUGAAAGAAUAUCAAGCUCUAAUCCGCUGUUUUGGAAUGAAUCCUGAGCUAAAGGUGAACUCUACCAAAUCCAUGAUUGGUCACCUUCUAGGAGCUGCCGGUGCUGUGGAGGCAGUUGCAACCAUUAAGGCAAUACAAACAGGAUUGGUACAUCCAAACAUCAAUCUUGAGAAUCCAGAUGAAGGCGUGGACACGGAAGUGCUCGUGGGCUCUAAGAAGGAAUGUCUGGAUAUAAAGGUUGCAUUGUCGAACUCAUUUGGCUUCGGUGGACAGAAUUCAUGCAUCCUAUUUGCUCCCUACAAAUGAAUCUGCUUUGCAGGUUCAGCAUUGUUAUUGGCCUGGCUUAUACAACCACCAGAAAAAUCCUUUUGACAGAAAUAUCCGCCUCAAGGCACAAGAACAACAUAAAUUCACAAACAGUUGAUUUUACCAUACAGAACUUCACAAUGCAUGUUAUUGUCCCUUUUUUUUUUUUUUUUUUUUUUUUGGGGGGGUCAAGAUGCAUGUUAUAAUGACAAUGGAAUAAUACUUCUGGGUUAUGAAAUUUCGUCACUCUGGUUGCUAAGUUGCAUUUUAA